CACCUGGCAGCUGACCGGUCCACGAUGGCUGCCGCUGCCGCCAGCCCCGCGCUUAAGCGGCUGGAUCUGCGCGACCCCGCUGCGCUCUUCGAGACGCAUGGCGCAGAGGAGAUCCGCGGGCUGGAACGCCAGGUUCGGGCUGAGAUCGAGCAUAAGAAGGAGGAGCUGCGGCAGAUGGUGGGCGAGCGGUACCGCGACCUGAUCGAAGCGGCCGACACCAUCGGCCAGAUGCGCCGCUGCGCCGAGGGCCUGGUGGACGCCGUGAGGGCCACCGACCAGUACUGCGCCCGCCUCCGCCAGGCCAUCCCGGCGGCGCCCCGAUCGCCGCCGGCCUCGGAGCCACAGCAGCCAUCCCAGGAGAAGUUCUACAGCAUGGCUGCCCAGAUCAAGCUACUCUUAGAAAUUCCUGAGAAGAUCUGGAGUUCAAUGGAGGCCUCUCAGUAUCUCCAUGCCACACAGCUCUACCUGCUCUGCUGCCACCUUCACAGGCUGCUCCAUCUGGAUUCUUCUAAUUCCCGGUAUAGCCCCGUCCUCUCCCGAUUUCCCAUACUCAUCCGGCAGGUGGCAGCAGCCAGCCACUUCCGGUCAUCCAUUCUGCAUGAAAGCAAGAUGCUACUCAAAAGCCAAGCUGUGUCUGACCAAGCCGUAGCCGAAGCCCUGUGCUCUAUAAUGCUCUUAGAAGAGAGUUCUCCUCGCCAAGCCCUGACAGACUUCCUCUUGGCCAGAAAGACAGCUAUUCAGAAACUUCUCAACCAGCCCCACCAAGGCACCGGUGUCAAGACCCAGAUUUGUUCAUUAGUGGAGUUGUUGGCCACCACUUUGAACCAAGCUCAUGCCCUUUUCUACACUUUACCAGAAGGUCUGCUGCCAGAUCCAGCCCUGCCAUGUGGCCUGCUCCUCACCACUCUGGAGACCAUCACAGGCCAGCAUGCUACUGGAAAAGGCAUCGGUGUUCUGCAGGAGGAAAUGAAGCUCUGCAGCUGGUUCAAACAUUUGCCAGCAUCCAUCAUCGAGUUUCAACCAGCUCUUCGAACACUUGCCCAUCCCAUCAGCCAGGAAUACCUGAAAGACACACUGCAGAGAUGGAUCCACAUGUGUAACGAAGACAUUAAAAAUGGGAUCACCAACCUGCUCACGUAUGUGAAGAGCAUGAAAGGCCUUGCGGGGAUCCGGGAUGCCAUGUGGGAACUGCUUACCAAUGAGUCCACGAAUCACAGCUGGAGUGUGAUAUGUCAGCGGCUUCUGGAGAAGCCCCUCUUGUUCUGGGAGGACUUGAUGCAGCAGCUGUUCCUUGACCGAUUACAGACUCUGACAAAAGAAGGCUUUGACUCCAUCGCCAGUAGCUCCAAAGAACUCCUGGUUUCAGCUCUGCAGGAACUUGAAACCAGUGCCAGCAGCUCCACUCCAAAUAAGCACAUCCAUUUUGAGCUUAACAUGUCUCUCUCUCUCUGGUCAGAGGGCCCUAAUGACCUACCUGCCGAUGCUGCCUGGGUCAGUGUGGCAAACCGGGCUCAGUUUGCCAGUAGUGGCCUCGCCAUGAAAGCACAAGCUGUUAGUCCUUGUGUGCAGAGCUUCUGUUCUGCCCUAGAUUCUAAACUGAAGGUCAUAUUGGAUGACCUCCUGGCUUACCUUCCCUCAGAAGACUUGUCACCACCCACGAAUGUCUCCCCCAUGCAGUCCAAGAACUCUGCCUUUGACAGAUAUGCAGAUGCUGGGACCGUGCGGGAAAUGCUGUGGACUCACUCCGUGGCAUGCAUCCAGCACAUCGUAGACUGCAUCCAGGCAGAGCUGCAAAGCAUUGAAGAAGCUGUUCAAGGGCAACAGGAUGUCCUCAACAGUGUCAAACUGCAUGCAGUCCUGUUCAUGGCCAGACUCUGCCGGUCCCUGGGGGAGCUGUGUCCACAUCUAAAGCAGUGCAUCUUGGGAAAACCAAGGAGCUCACAGAAACCAGCAAGGGAUUCUAGGGCUUUGAAAAAACAAGGAAAGGGGAAAAGUCAGGAAAUAAUUCCUGUGCAGGCAAAGUGGCAAGAAGUUAAAGAACUCCUCCUCCAGCAGAGUGUGAUGGGAUACCAGGUCUGGAGCUCAGCAGUUGUGCAAGUUUUGGUUCGUGGAUUCACCCAGUCAUUACUUUUAGAUGAUGCUGGCUCAAUCCUGGCCAUGGCCACCAGCUGGGAUGAACUAGAAAUUCAGGAAGAGACAGAAUCUGGCAGCAGUGUCACAUCCAAGAUCCGACUCCCUACACAGCCAUCCUGGUAUGUACAAUCCUUCCUGUUCAGCUUAUGCCAGGAAAUUAAUCGGGUCGGAGGCCAUGCUUUGCCAAAGGUGACAUUGCAGGAGAUGCUGAAAAGUUGUAUGAUUCAAGUGGUAGCGGCCUAUGAGCAGCUUUCAGAAGAAAAACAGAUUAAGAAAGGAGGUGCAUUUCCAAUCACCCAGAAUCAGGCCCUGCAGCUGCUUUAUGAUCUGCGUUAUCUCAGCAUCGUCCUGACAACCAAGAGCGAAGAGGCGAAAAGUGGCCGAAGCAAACACCAGGACUCCAGAAUUGAGAAAGUGACAGACUACCUAGAAGCACUUAUUGAUCCAUUUGACCUGGAUGUUUUUACGCCACACCUCAAUAGCAACCUUAAUCGCUUGGUACAGCAAACUUCUGUUCUGUUUGGAUUGAUUACUGGUACAGAGAAUCAGUUCACCCCAAGGAGCAGUGCAUUCAACUCCCAAGAACCCCAUAACAUACUGCCACUGGCAUCAAGUCAGAUCAGGUUUGGACUUCUGCCACUGAGCAUGACAAGCACUCGGAAGGCUAAGUCAACCAGUGGAGGCGCCGAAACAAAGGCCCAGGUUGUAUCCCCAGCUCCUCCCCAGGCAGAUGACCCGGUGCAUCCUGGUUCCGUGUUCCGACAGCUCAUCAACGAGGAAGAAGACUCUUCUACGCCUUCAUUAUUCAAACUUGGUUGGCUCUCUAGCAUGACUAAGUAACACGGGAACAUCUCCAUCGCUAAAUAAAUACUACUGCAUUAUUUCCUUCUAAA